GUACAGUUAUGGUUUAUUCCAGCUGAGAGCACUAGGACCCCGCAGACACCGGGAGGGAAGUCACAUGGGAGGAAGGGACGUAAGCUACAGAUCUGUGUAUGAAGGAGACUGAUACUGCUGGUAACUUAUACAACGUGGGACUGUUCCAUACUCAGAGUGACAAAUCCUGCCACAACCUAAGAAUGGCAGUAGUCAUCCGCUUACAGGGGCUUCCUGUUGUUGCUGGCGCAACUGAUAUCCGUCAUUUCUUUUCUGGAUUGCAUAUUCCUGAUGGAGGAGUUCAUGUUACUGGUGGAAAGCUUCAGGAGGCCUUUAUUAUAUUUGCAACCGAUGAAGAUGCUCGAAGGGCAAUGAGCCGCUCAGGAGGCCUCAUAAAGAAAUCACGAAUUGGGCUUUUUCUCAGUAGUAAGGCAGAAAUGCAACAUACCCUUGAGAUAAAUAGAAAAGGAAACAAAGAUUUGGGGGCAACACCUGAUAUUUCAAAACUGUUAAAUGUCAUGAAGAAAGGCAAUUAUAAGAAAAACAUUGGCAAUAAAAACCAUGUAGAAGCUGGCUUUGAUGGGAGCGGAGCAAAGCACAAUGAAGAAAAUGUUCCAAGGUCAAAAUAUCAAGAAAAGAAAGGCACAAGGCCAUUAAAAGAUAAUGGUUAUGGAUAUGUAUUUUUGUAUGGGCUUCCAUACACAGCAGGUAAACUUGAUGUCAAAGAAUUUUUUCAUGGCUUCGAUGUGGAAGAUGUACACUUUUCUGUUAAUCAAAAUGGGUCUAGAGAUGGAAAUGCUUAUGUUAAAUUUGCCAGUGUUGAGGAUGCUAAGGCAUCUCUUUCACGUGAUAAUGAAUACAUUGGUCAUAGAUACAUAUCUGUAAAAUUGAGCAAUGAACAGAAGUGGAUUGAAGCUGGUGGCCCAACUGAUGGGAGGCAGGAGUCUGCUUAUAAUAAUAUGGAAUGGUCACCCAGAUUUUCUUCAAAAAAUCAUUCAAGGUCCAGAUCUCCAAAGAUGCACAGAACAAGGUCACGCUCACCUCAUGAUCAGCAGUUUUACUUACACCUCUUAAACAUGUCAUAUUCUGUGGAUAGAGGUGAUAUUAAAUUGUUUUUUGGUGAUCCAGAUAUUCCCGAUUCACAAAUUAAAUUCUUACUUAAUAGAAAUGGUGUCCGGACAAGAGAAGGCUUUGUUUUAGUCAAAAAUGAAAAGUUUUAUCAGAAAUGCCUUGGCUUCAACAAAGGCCUUUUAAAUGGCCGUGAAGUUUGGGUACACCCCAUUACCCGAAAGGAUAUGUUAGAGUUAAUUGAAUCCACAGAGAGACCACAGCUAGAAAGAAACAACUCAGAAGACCCUUCUCCAAAGAGGAAAUCCAGGGACCGUUCAAACCUAAAAAGAUGUAUGUAUUUGAGAAACUUUCCUUUUAAUGUUACUAAAAGUGAGGUUCAAAAAUUCUUUGCUGGAUUUCCAGUGGAUGAACGUGAUAUUUUUUUGCUGUAUGAUAGUAGAGGUAUUGGUCUUGGUGAAGCGCUUGUUAGAUUUCCUUCGGAACACCAGGCUAUCCUUGCUGAAGGAUUGAAUCAGCAGACAUUCUUGGGAACAGAAGUGUUACUGAGACGUAUCUCAGAAGAACAAAUGAAAGAGCUUGGAGCCUUCCCCGAGGAUCAAAAGGAGAGCGAACCAAAACGAUCAGCUAGUUAUAGAGAUGAAUAUCCAGAUACUGCUGAACAGAGUUUUGGGGAUUCUGAUUAUGCACGUGGCUCGUAUGACCAGCCCCGUCCUUAUAGGGUCGAUGACUUUGAACAUAGUUCUGGAAGUGUAAGGCGUUCCGUGGAAAGGUUAAGAAGCCCAUAUGAUAUCAAUCAAGAUGCGCAUUUUGGGAGGUUUCAUAUGGGAAACCAGAACAUUAUAGACGAUGAAUCUGGGCCAGUAAAUCCGCCAAGGUCAGGUGGAGCGUCAAUACGUUUGAAAAAUGUUCCAUAUACUGCCACUGUUGAAGAAAUUUUAGAUUUCUUUUAUGGUUAUAAUGUGGUUCCUACUUCUGUAGAAAUGGAUUACAACUCCAAAGGAACAGCUAUAGUACAUAUGGAAAACUAUGAUGACGCUGCAGCUGCUGUUUAUGAACUAAGUGAAAGGCCUAUUGGACCACGUAAAGUUCAUAUGAGCCUAAUAAGGAACUAAGACAAACCUGCAGUGGUAAAUGCUAUCGGUUAUUUAGAAACGGUAAAAUUAACCAUGAUAUUGUCCCAUUUCAUAAAAGGUCAUGCAUUCUUGUAUUAUUUAUAGUUAGUGUAGUUUCAUAUUUUUCGUACCUUGCAUGAAUAGUCACAAAGCCCAUUAAAAGCUAUUUUUUGGUUUAAUUCCUUAGUUUGUCUCCAUUAAGUUUAGUGACCUUAGUUAUCUGAUUCAUUUUGUGACUAUUUCUAAAUAUAAUAUUGUGAUUUGUUAAAAUAUUUGGAUUAAUGACUGUAGUUCAGAGUCAUUAUGUGACUAUUUCUUGACUUCUUGUUGUGUACUGAUAACAUUUGGGAAUUAAAAACAUUUGAUUUA